AUGGACAUAUCGACACUGACCCCUCCUUUCGAAAGCUCUAGCAGCCGCGAAAAUGAAUCAGAGAAGCACCUGGCCUCCACCCAGUCUACUGGCGACCAUGGAGCGGACACCGACCUUCGGCGCUCGUUAUCGACACGUCAUCUCACGAUGAUCGCGCUCGGCUCAUCGAUUGGUAUGGGCCUCUGGCUCGGCAGCGGUACUUCCCUUCGGAACGGCGGACCGGCGGCGAUAUUUAUUGGAUACAUUCUGGCUGGUACAAUGGUAUGGGCUGUUAGUCAUGCUAUUGGCGAGAUGGCCGUGCUAUACCCGCUUCCUAGUGCUUUUGUGCAGUGGGCGUGCAUUUUCAUCAGCCCUUCCGUUGGUUUUGCUGUUGGCUAUGCAUAUUUGUUUGGCUAUUUGAUUACAAUUGCGAAUGAGCUUCAGGGCGUUGUGACUGUCCUCAACUUCUGGACCGACUCCGUACCGACGGCAGCCUGGAUCACGAUCUUCUGGCUGGUGAUCAUUCUCAUCAAUGUAUGCGCCGUCAGAUUCUUCGGUGAAGUGGAAGUGAUUUCAUCAACUAUAAAGUUCUCAUGGAUCUUCGUUGUCAUAAUCUCGUUGAUAGUGGUAUCCGCCGGCGGAGCCCCCGACCAGGACGCGAUUGGUUUCCGCUAUUGGAACGCAGAGCCCUUCACCAACGGCUUCAAGGGUUUUCUCAGUGUCAUGCCUACCUGCAUCUUCGCCAUGUCCGGCUCCGAGAGCUCUGCGCUGGUGGCAGCAGAGACGCAGAACCCUCGCAAAUCGGUUCCUAGGGCAGUGGGUUCAAUAUGGCUGCGUCUGUCUCUUUUCUAUAUUCUAGGCUCGCUUGCGAUCACGAUCACUGUCUCGCCACAUGAUCCGAACCUUUUUGGUGGGAAUGGUGGUUCGAACUCACCAUUCGUCGUCGCGUACCAGAAUGCUGGAAUCCCCGUGCUCGCGCAUAUGAUGAACGCUGUGAUUUUUAUCUCGAUCAUCUCCACUGGGAGCAUCUCAGGUUAUGGUGGCUCUAGGACAUUGAUGGGAUUGUCCCAUCUCAACAUGGCGCCCAAGGUAAACCGUUUUAACCACGUUCGGUUGAAUGCUACUAAGCCGUCGCAGAUCUUCGGCCGCGCAGACGACACCGGCCGCCCCUACGCCGGUCUCUUCGUCGUCCUUCUCGUCGGUGGCGGUCUGUCAUAUCUCAAUGUAAGCAGCAGCGGCUCAGACGUCUUCAGCUGGUUCUCAAACCUAACCUCCCUCUUCACCCUGUUCGGCUGGGGCACCAUCUGCCUCUCGCACCUGCGAAUGCGGCACGCAUGGAAGACGCAAGGUCGAGCUGAGAGUGACCUGCCUUGGCGGACCUGGACAUAUCCAUAUGCAUCAUGCUGGGGACUCUUCUGGUGUGUUCUUCUAAUCAUUGCGGAAUUCUACCUGAGUGUAUGGCCGCUUCAUACGAGCCCGAAUCCGAGAGAUUUCUUUGCGAAUUAUGUCAGUGUGAUUGUGAUUCUUGUUGUUUACACCGGGGCAAGAUGUUGGUAUCGCGGGUGGUGGUGGGUGGAUGCUGGUACAAUUGAUUUGGAUGGGCCACGAAGGUUCUACGCGAGGGAUGAGGAGGAGGCGACGUCGAGGACUGUGCUGUCGAGAGCUGCUGGGUGGGUGUUCAAAUGA